AUGUUAAAAUCUGUUGGUGAAUAUGGUAGGGGUUUGAAACCUCCAAGUUAUCAUGAGGUAAGAGUUUCUCAUUUAAAAAAAGCUGUUGAUAAAAUUCAAGAAAGUUUAGUGAAGUAUAAGAAGGAUUGGGAGAAAUGGGGUUGUACUUUGAUGUGUGAUGGUUGGACUGAUGGUAAAGGGAGGUCUCUUACUAAUUUUUUAGUUAAUAGUCCUAGUGGGACAGUCUUCCUAAAGUCAGUGGACACAAGUAGUGUGAUUAAAGAUGCUAAACAAAUGUUUGAAUUACUAGACAAUAUGAUUGAGGAAAUUGGAGAGGAUAAUGUGGUGCAAGUUGUGACAGAUGGUGCCUCAAAUCUUGUGGCAGCAGGGAAGAUGUUAGAAGAGAAGAGAAAAAAAUUAUUUUGGUCUCCUUGUGCAGCUCACUGCCUUGAUUUAGUCCUUGAAGACAUUGGGCAACUUCCGGUAUUUUAUAAUACCAUCACCAAUGCAAAGAAAAUAACAACAUUCAUUUAUAGGCAUACAUGGGUCUUGAACUUGUAUAGAAAAUAUUCCAAGGGACGAGAAUUAGCUAGACCGGCAGUGACAAGAUUUGCAACAGCUUAUCUUACACUAAGUUGCAUAUUCCGGCAAAAGAAUGCUCUUCGAACCAUGUUUGCUUCAGAUGAUUGGGUUUCUGGUUCUUUUGCUAGUAAAAGUGAGGGUAAGCAAGUGGCGGACAUGAUUUUUGGGGAUUCUAGAUUUUGGAGUUCCAUCAAAUAUUGCUUAAAGUGUGUGAGUCCACUUGUAAAAGUUUUGAGACUUGUAGAUGGUGACUCUAAACCUGCUAUGCCAUAUAUUUAUGAAGCAAUGGAUAGGGCCAAAGAAGAGAUUGCUGACAAUUUUGAAAAGAAAGAAUCAAGGUAUAAAAAGAUAUGGAAGAUUAUUGAUACUCGUUGGAAUUUGCAACUACAUAGACCCCUCCAUGCGGCUGCCUACUUUCUUAAUCCUAAGUUCCAUUAUGAUGAAAAAUUUAAUGCGGAUCAAGAAGUUUAUUUUGGUUUAUAUGAAACUAUUGAGAGAAUGAUUCCGGAUAGAAAGACAAGAUUUUUAGUUGAUCAACAACUCGAGGCAUUCAAGUCUGCUAAGGGACUUUUCGGAAGGAGCAUGGCAAUAGAUACUAGAAACAAAAAGCAACCUGCUCUUUGGUGGGAAAGUUAUGGAGGAGAAGGUAAAGAGUUACAAAAGAUAGCUAUGAGAAUUUUGAGUCUCACAUGUAGUGCUACUGGAUGUGAAAGAAAUUGGAGCACGUUUGAUCAAAUCCAUACUAAGCGAAGGAAUCGCUUAGAACAACAAAGGUUGAAUGCACUUGUAUUUGUCAAGUAUAACCUUCAACUUGAGAUGAGACAGAAGAUUAGAGAGGAAAAGGGAGAGACAUAUGAUCCCAUUUGUUUAUCAGAUAUUGAAUCUGAUGAUGAGUGGAUCACUGAAAAAGAAAACCCAUGCUUGCCAGUAGAUGGGUCAUGGAUGGACAUACAUGAGAGUUUCACUCUUGAUGAAGGAGCUCCAAGCAAGAAAAGAAAGAGAGGUCCAAGAAAUUUGAAUGCCAAAACCAAUAGCAAAGGGAAAUCUAUAGUAGAACAAGAGAAUGAGAAUGAAGAUAAUGUUGAAGAUGGGGAAGAAGAGGAUGAUGAAGAAAUGACAUUGUUAAUGGAGAAUGAUCAUGAAUUGAGUGACAUUGAUCUUGGAGAUGAUGAAUGA